CUGCCUGACGUCAUCAGUGAGCGUCUGUACCGGAAGUGAAGAGGAAAGCGGAGCGGUGCGUCUCGUGCGGCGUGUUGUUCCUGUUGGACUUUUGCAGCUGUGGCUCCUAGCAGAGGGGAGGCUCGUCGCCUGGCUUGUCUUUCCCAGGUCUGUGGCUGCUGCGUUUACUCCUCCGCUUGGCUCUCCUGACCGUCUCUAGCGGGUCUCCCCUCCUGCGCUUGCCAUGGCCGGCAUCCUCUUCGAGGACAUCUUCGAUGUGAAGGACAUCGACCCCGAGGGCAAGAAGUUCGACAGGGUUUCCCGACUGCAUUGUGAGAGCGAGUCCUUCAAGAUGGAUUUGAUCCUGGAUGUGAACAUACAGAUCUAUCCUGUCGAUCUUGGUGACAAAUUCCGCCUCGUGGUCGCCAGCACCUUGUAUGAAGAUGGGACCUUGGACGACGGCGAGUAUAACCCAACAGAUGACAGGCCAUCCAGAGCUGACCAGUUUGAAUAUGUGAUGUACGGCAAGGUCUACAGGAUCGAGGGCGACGAGACGUCCACGGAGGCAGCCACGCGCCUCUCUGCCUACGUAUCCUACGGCGGCCUCCUCAUGAGGCUCCAGGGCGACGCCAACAACCUGCACGGCUUUGAAGUGGAUUCCAGGGUUUAUCUCCUGAUGAAGAAACUGGCCUUCUAGCCAGCGUGGGGUGCUGGAGGGUCGGGAGCUGUCAUGGCAUCACUUGGACUUGGUAGGGGACAAUGUGGAUGUUUGCUGCCCUCCAAGAUUUUGGAGGAAAUCUUGCCAGCGGCUUACGACACGCAUCUCUUCCACGUCGCUCACCGCUACCACCACCUCUUCUCCUCUCCACCCCCUCAACAUCAAGGCGGAUAAUCUUUCUCCAAAUUUCAUUGGGAGGCCGGUGUGAAAAUUUAUCCCAAUUGUCCCCUGGGCAGAGUGCCAGGCUGACUGAGAACACCCCCCACUGAACAGCGAAGGGGCUACCUUUUGUGCUCAGAAUAUCACUGUGGCCACGAUAAGCCAUCCUUUUGUUUGUAAGUGUGAAGAUUACAACAGUUCCAUGAGAACCAGCAUUGCCAUUUCAAGCAGGCUGUCUCUUUUCUGUUUUAGCUGGGGGCCUGAGAAAGAGGAGGGAGCUGUCUUGGGACAGACUAUCUGUUUGACCUUAAUUAAACUUAGCUUUUUAUAUA